AAAAGAAAACACAACCCAAAAAGCACGGAAAACGCACAUUGCUCAACGAAUUUUUAUAAUUUAAAAAGAAUUCUCUAUAAAAUGGCCGAUCAUAACGAAGAUGAAGCUGUUGGCGGUGACCGAAACAACAAUAUCACAGCCAGUGGGCAGGAGGAAGUGCGUCUGCCGGAGCAGCCGCAGAACGAACUGCUGGACAUGGUUUUCACGUUGGAAAGCGAAAAACAGGCACUGCUAGAGGAGUCUCGCAAGCGGAUCGGAGCACUCCGCAAAGACUUUGAGGAAGCCAAGGUGGAAAAUGAGCGGUUAAAGCGGCGUGUGGUCCAGUUGGAGCAGUCGCUCAAGCAGUCCGUCAUGCUGGGCGGCACAGAUGCUCCCAAAUCACGACAAGAGCAGGAGGAGCUGCUUCUAAAGGCCAAAACCCUGCUGUUCGAGAAGACCAAGGUGAACAAACAGCAGGAGCAGCAGAUAUCAGUGCUUAGGACACAAGUGGACUCGAUUAAGGAUGUGCUGCAGGUGACCAAGGAUAUGUUGCAGCUAAAGACCGCCGAAUGUGAUCACACGCAGGCUCGUCUGGAGAAGAGCCAGCAGUGGAUCAAGGCGGAGCAAGACAAGUGUGUGCUCACGGAGAAGAAACUAGCUAUCUCCAAAGGAGUGUAUGACAAGCUGCGUUCGGAGUACGACACGCAGUCACAGAUAUUCAAGGAUCUUAAGUCCGCGUACGAGCAGAAGGUCAAGGUUCUCACAAAGGCUUUGGCAGAAGCCAAGAAAUAGCUGAACUAUUUAAUAAACUACGUUAAUUAAAUGCA